CGGCCAACAAAUCGGCUGCUGUACGGGUGCUGCUCGGGCUGCCGCCGCUGCUGCUGCUACUGGGCCGCCGCUACUGCCGCUGGUGCUCCGUCGUACACAUGUCACCGCCGCCGUCGUCGUCGCCGUGACCGACUCGCACACACACGGCGUACUCUCGACGCCGCGCUCCCAUACACGCGCGCACAAGCGGCGGUGGUUCCGCGGAGAGACGGUGACGGCGGUGAGAACAACUGCACCUUAGCGACGACGACGACGACUACCACCGCGACCAUCGUCAACACGGUGACCGUCAUCGGUGCGAUGCGUACCGCCGUCGACCGCGACCUCGGACAAUCGUCACGCCGCUGAGUGGCCGGGCCCCUGAUAUAACCGAGUGGCUCGAGAUACUAUGGAGUGAUGGCGAGAGAAGAAUCUCGAGGAAAAAGACCAUUUAAAAUAUGGGAUGGUUUUAGAAACAUAAGAAAAAGCUUGUUGGCCUCCAGCUUAAAAGACUUAGAGAUACGUGGCAAAGAGAAACUGAAUAUCGCACCGAAUGAGCCUGUUAGAUUGGUACUCGAAACUGACGGUACACAAAUCGAAGAUCCCGAAUACUUCAAAACACUGCCAAACAAUACUACUGUGUUAUUGCUCAGGAAUGACGAGUACUGGUACCCAGCUGAAGUUGAUGCCAUUAAAACAGCUAUUGCCGCGAUUCCGAAAAUCGUCUGCGAAACGAUUCAUGCACUGGAAUUGCAAGACGAAACACCAUCGUGGAAAAUAAUGGACAACAAAGGCCGUGUUACCGUUGUGUUGCACUGGGACCAACGUAAUCAAACCUACCGCAGUUCUGGUAACAGCGGUGGUAUGGACACGUCGCCGUCCAAGAAGACAAUGGCGCACCAGCAAAACGGUGUCGGAAGUGUGCUGAUGGAGAACAACAAGGGCCCGCCGAAGAGGGAACCUAACCAAGUGUUCCAGCAACAACAACAGUCCGCGCCGUCCAUUUAUCGUCACGGUUCCACGCCUCAGAUCACGGUCAUCCACCACGACGCCAUACCGCCGACAAUGCACGAUGGUUCGACCCGUCGUUUUGUCGCGUGUCCGACAGGUCAACACUAUCAGCAGCUGCACCAGCCGCCGGGGCGCAGGCUGUCCAAGCAGGGCAGCAGUUCCAUGGACGCGGCGGCCAUACACGUGCACACGUCCGAGUGCGCGCAGUUCAUACCGCCGCCGCCGUCGCACAACUCGGCUUCCGGCGGUGGCGGCGGCGGCGGCGGUGGUGUCUGCUCGCCGCGGUCGAGCAGCCCGUCUCGCGGAUCCCUGGCCGCCGACAGGAUGAUGCCGCCGCAGUUGCACAGCCUGCCGCCGAUACAGCAGCCGUCGGCCACCGCCGACCACCACGGGUUCGAGUGCGACUUCCACUGUUGCGCGCUGCACGAGGAGGGCCGCCGGAUCGCGGUGCACAAGUCGGUGGCCACGUCGCCGAUACAGGAGUGCCACCACGCGCCGCCGCCGCCGCUACUGCAACAACCGCCGUCCGUUUCAGGCGGCCAGCCCGUCUCGUCCUCGCUGUCGGACGGCACGCGCCGCGCAUCGCCCAAGGGCCACGUCCGGUUCCUGGACACCGCCGGGUCGCCGCCGCUGCCCCCGCCGCCGCUGCUGCCACCGUCGCCUCCAACGUCGCCCGCGCGCCGGCAACAAACGCUCCAGACGCCGCAGCAGCAGCAACAGCAGCAGCCGCCGUUGCCGCCGCCCCAACUGCAACAUCGCUCCGACAGCUCCGACUCCGAGACCGAGACCACCGUCAUCGAGGACGAUUCGAUGACCAGCGAGAAGUUCCUGUUGCUCAUCGACCAGCUGGUCAACAAGCAGGACAGGCACCUGACCGUCAAGGACAUCGGCAUCAUACUCGAGCGGCUCAACUCGAAAAUCGUGGACGUCGAGCGGUUGGACCGCGACUACGAGGCCACCGACUGCUACAACUGGACCAUCAAGGCGACCAUCAGGGGCGAUGUGCUCCAGGAGUACGGCAUCAUAUACAACGGCAACUACUACGGCAUAUCCGAACAUCCGGGAUACCGGCAGAACGACGAGGAGCUGCCCAACGAGGACGACGAGGAAGUGCUGGACGACGACGACGACGGUGGUGGCGUGUCCGCGGCUGCGGCAGCCGGCAGUGGAUCCGGUAGAGAAGACCGCCAGCGCAGGCGUCGCGCCGACGAGGAGGUUAACAUUUAAAUACUUUACUAUAUAAUCACACGUUGUUACACGCACACGACAUGCGCACACACGCGCACACACACA